AUGUCAAUGUCCGUGCUCGACAAUGAUAGACAAUGCCAAAGAUGGAGUGAGAUCUCUCAACACGAACUUGGUUUCGAGUUGGCGAAUAAAGUGAUUGAAGUUGACACCGAGUCCUCCAAUAAAGUAACUGUACAGCAUUCGUGUGGAUAUGGCGACUCCAGCAGACAUCUCUGUAGACUUGCGCAUCGUACGAUGAUGUCAGAGCAUACUUUGUGCGUGGACUUUGGAUCCCCAUAUGUCUUUUGUAAAUGUUCACUGAUGUUUGACGAUGUUGGUGGUAUGCCUAUUUAA